AUGUGAUGCACCGGCAAGCCUCGGUCGUGAAGAAGCUCAGGGUUGCAGAAGUACAUCAAUCCUUUUUCUUUCCAUAACAAAGAAGACCAUCACUCAUCUUUCGUUUUUUUUCUCUCCCAAAUUUCAGUUUAUUUCUGGCCAGUUGCAUGCAUUGUUCGUCUCCCAAAAUGGUUUGCGAGACUAAAAUCGUUUCAGACGAACACGAGGCCAUAGCUGGGACCAAAAAAGAUUCAAUUAUAGUUUCCUCUGCGCAAAUGUGGACGUCUUCUUCGCCUUCUCACAGUGCGCUCGAGAGUAAGGUGGAAAAACGGGACCAGGUUUUUAUUCGCGAGUUUGAACGUUCAGACCAUAAGGAGGUGCGCCGGAUCUUCAGCGAGGGAAUCAUGGAGCGGAUACCCAACUCGGCAUUUCGGGGGCUAAAACAGCAAACUAGAACCCAAUUUAUGUAUGCUUUUCUCACAGUAAUGUGCUAUUUUAUGACCAAAUCCUUCACACUGACCUUCUGCACACCGUUUAUUCUAAUGGGCACACGUUAUUACUACAGCAGAAAAGUCAUUCUCAACUACCUGGACUGUGCUCUGCACACUGAUAUGGCUGACAUUGAGGCAUAUUAUAUGAAACCAACAGGCUCUUGUUUCUGGGUGGCAGUUCUGCAAGGCCAGGUUGUGGGCAUCGUGGCAGCGCAAGGCCGAGAAGACGACAACACUGUGGAACUCCGUCGCAUGUCAGUGGAUUCUCACUUCCGUGGAAAAGGCAUCGCCAAGGCUCUGGGUCGACGUGUUCUAGAAUUUGCCAUGUUAAACAACUACUCGGCCGUGGUUCUGGGAACAACUGCAGUCAAGAUGGCCGCGCACAAGCUGUACGAGUCUUUGGGUUUCCGGCGAGUGGGAGACACUGAGGACCACACGCUGCCUGGGAUGACCCGUUCAGCGCUGGAGAGGCUCUUCUUCCAGAUUCGCUACAGCCGGUACCGAUUGCAGCUUCAUGAAGAGUGAGAGACAGACAGUUAACGUGAGCGCAGAAGACAGUUAACGUGAGCGCAGAAGAUAGAAUAUAAACGACGAUGCCGGCAAUGACCCUGAACUACCCACUGACCUGGUUCUCUUCUUCUAGCUAUUUAUUUGUGUUUUGGCCUUUUUUUUUAAAGUCAUAUCUGUUCCUACAACCUUUAUUUUUAUUAAUUUUAAUUUUAUACAUAUUGUCAUGAUCAUUGUUUUUGAAGUGUGGUUUCAUUCCUUUGACCACACUGGAUGUUUCUGCUCUUAUACUUUCUUUUCAUGGCCAUCUUGCCCUGAAAUGCCAUGAACAAAUCUUAAUUGGAUAUAAAUGUAAAUUUGUUUGCAGAGACAGAUUCUCCCUUGAAACACAUGAAUCAAGGCAGCUGCCGCUGACCUUUUCCCAAACCAUUCUAUAGGCCGACCCACAGGGUAGCACAGACCACUGUUAGCAAAGUGAUCAUGAUCCAGUGGACAUCGGAACUGGAGGGAAGGAGGUAGUAAGGUUUGAUCCACCUUUUCAGAUGCCACCUUCCUCAUGAGGAAGUAUGAAGCAACAGCAGCAGUCUGGUGGAGUCAAACAGUCCAACUAAUUGUAAUUUUUAGUCCAAAGGACAGACAUUUUAACCAUGUCUAACCAAUGAGCAAAAAGAUCUAGAAAUGUGGAAUAUUGUGAACUGAGUGAUUUAUAUCUCUAAGCACCCUCCGUUUAAUAGGUUACGAUAACUUUGCAAUAUAAUCUUUAUUUGUUUUGUUAAGCAGGUUCCUAGUGCUGAGCCAUAUUAUCAACAUUAGGAAAGGUCAAAAAUUUAUAUAAAAACAUAAAUGUUCAUCAUGUUAAAGAGAAAGAUAAAGAAAAAUAUGUUUCUUUACACUUUGUGGCUGACAAAAGUAACAGUCAGUGAAACUCGCGUUUACAGAUAUAAUAAGUCACUUUUCUAAAAUCUAGAAAAAAAACUUGAAAUUUGAUCUUAAAAGUACACCCAUUUCAUAUACUGUGAUCAGCUGUAUCACCAGUUGUCAUUGAUCUGAGUUUAGCACAUAUCUAUUUGUGUACCUAUUUGAUGAAGCUUUAAUAAUGACUUGAUUAAACUUUUGUACACUU